AUGUCGAGGAUAUCUACACAGCGAUCGGCACCACCUCCUGCAGCAGGGAGGCGCGGUCGAUUGUUGGAAGUGCAUUUGGAGGAGAUUUUUGUGAACGCAAGAAGCAGUGUUCUGCAGCCCCCACAUCCGGGCAUUGACUGUUGCUACUUCUGUGGAGGCGCUGGCUUAGAGCUCCUACACCAGGCUACGACUUACCGGGGCUUCCAUGCGGAUGACCCUAGGGGCUGCGCGGAGGUCGAUGCUGUAAUUCGGGCCAUGCAGGAAGUGGCUAAUGUCAGCCGCAUUGUCGUCGGGCACACUCCAGACGCGGAGGUUCGCAUUCGAUGCCGAGAGCGAUUGAUUGCUGCCGACUCCGCUUUGAGUCGAUACUACCGCGCCUACGGGAACCGGUAUUGCCCGAUCAAGACGGACGCCCAGCGCCUCGCCAACACGGGAUGCUCAACGCCGGUCUCCGCCGAAUGCGAUGGACAGGCGCAGGGCUCCCCGGCACCCCCAACAGGGUCCCACUUUAAGACACUGCCCCUCCAAACUCCGCGGUGA